AGUCGAUAGAGGAGCGUCGAAAACGGAACGCUGUCGCCUUUAUUAGCCUUCUUUUUCUCCGAUGACUGCGAAAAGUCGAUGGGCCACGUGACUGAACAGACGGCGUCUGUAAAUGCAAAGUUAAAUGCGUUGGCUGUUGUGAACAGUUACGAUGAAAAGGAUGUUGCAGAUUCGGCAAACAUCCUUUUACAGGACAAAUGGAGAACAUUCUUUAGUAAGUUCGAUGUACAAGACGGCCAAAUUAGCGUUGACGACUUCCGAGAUUCCCAUUUCCGCUCAGAAUUUGAUGUUUCUCGCUUGGAAGCCAUGGAAGAGAAGGAACGAAAGGAAAGAACAAGGCAUAAUUCUUUGCUGCAACUUGAUAAAUUAAGCAUCAAAAGAACCGCAAGCUUUGAGAGAGCCUUAAACUGUAAUCAUCAGAUUACUGGAGAUUCACAGAUAUAUACCAGAACUGCAAACUUACAUCGGGAUAAUAGAAAAUCUUGUUUCUCUGGAUUUGUUGCUAAAAUUUCUUCAGACUAUUUGGUUGAUGAAAACAGUCGAUGCUUUUUUCGAAAUCGUUAUCGUUGUUUCCCUCCACCUGUAUUCGUGCCUUUUGUAGUCAUCUUGGAGAUUGUUUGCUAUUUGUAUUAUGCCAUAAAAGAAGGGUCUUUCAAAUUAAGCGGUUCUGUGCCUAAUCAAUCAUUUUUGCUGUACACACCGGAUAGGAGGCAAGAACUCUGGAGAUUCGUCUUCUAUAUGUUUCUUCACGCAGGGUGGAUUCAUCUUUCCUUUAAUUUUCUUGUUCAGAUUCUUGUCGGAAUUCCUUUAGAAAUGGUUCAUGGCUCGACCAGAAUUUGCUUAGUAUACAUGUCCGGAAUUUUAGCUAGUUCAUUAGCGACAUCCGUAUUCGAUAAAUCAGCUUGUCUUGCGGGAUCAGCUGGAGGCGUUUAUGCUAUUCUGGCCGCCCAUCUCGCCAACAUCCUUACAAAUUAUUCAGAAGUGGAAAUUGGAUUUGUUAAACUCGCUGCCAUAUUCAUUACAUCAUCAACUGACGUUGGCCUUGCAGUGUGGGACAGGUACUCAACUUCAAACUCACCUCCUGUUGGCUACGCUGGUCACCUUAUGGGAUCAUUUAUUGGAUUAACCAUAGGAUUUCUGAUAAUCAGGUCGUUCGGUCAGAGUCUCCGAUCGCAAAUCUUAUGUUGGGUUGCUCUGAUCGUUUAUGGUGCUUUAACAGUUAUUGCAAUAUUUUGGAAUAUUUUUGCCUAUUGAAAAAAAGGAGGAAAUAAUUAAAUAUUAUUUUACAAUUGGAUAGUGAUUGGCAAAUAAGGCGGCCUGGAAUAUGUAUACAAUAAAAUCUAUAUACGAUUAUCAAUUAUUUAUUCAUUUGUAUUUUAAGUUUAUUUCCCCAAUAAUUCCCCUCUAGACCAAGCUUAAGCGAAAAUAUACUCAAUAAGAACUGAUUUUAUUAGUGCUUUUUAUACAUAUAUAUAUCCUAAUAUAUGCAUAUAUAAAUGUAUAUAUUAUAUAAUAUAUAUAUAUGUAUAUAUAUAUAUAACGUGUAUAUUUAAUAUUAUUUAGACAAUUAUACAUCUUUACAUGUAAAGCCACACUCGCCUCUAUAUUACAAAUAUACAUUAUAUCUGUAGAGUUUUACUUUGAUCAAUUAUUAACUCUUUUCGUUAUUCAAAGAAUAUAGUUUCUCAGAUGUAAAAACUAUUGUCAAUAAUUCUUUUAUUAUUUUCAAUAUUCAAUAAAACAGUUAUUUAUCCUCUUCGGUUAGUUCUUUUUAAUUGUUUUUUUUACGUUUGUUUGAUUUCUUAUUCAAAUACUUUACUGUCUAUUAAAUAAUAAUAACAAAGUACUAAAGAAGAGGAGGAGGAGGAGGAGGAGGAGGAUAUGGAAACGAAUGGACGUCGUUUAAUCCAACCUAUCAAAAACUGCAUGAAAUUAGAUUAAGAAGGAUUAAAGAGAUAAGGUGAAAAUUAAACGCCAACUGAGAGACAGUACCGAGAAAUGCUCUUUAAAUGUUUCCUUUUUGGGUGAAAACUUCAAUUUUGAUCAGGAGGCGGGCUCGUAUCCAGACCGAGUGGCUUAACAAAUGCCAAGACUGACAAUGACUUGCCAAUUUUGGAACACAAGUUAAUAUAGGAAAUUUUAGGAGAAAAGAGAGAAACAGAGUUGGAGCAGACAAAUUCUCGCUACCCAUUAAAGCAAUCUUGAUGAAAUUUUCCUUCAGUUCACUUACAUGAUAACGCAAUCAAUCAGGCAAAAUUUAUUUUGUACCGCCUUUAUAUUCGAGAGAAUAUUAAUAAAAAUUCUACCUCUUAGGCAGGUUAUCGUGUUUUUACUCUUUUCAAGACGAAAUUUUAUAUAAAGGGAAUAUGUAAUCAACGAAGAGGGUGACCGUCAAUAAUGUUUAGGUAUUCUCACAAUACAAUGAGAAUAGCCACAGCUAAUUAACAUACGAUGUGAAAUUUUCAUUAAUCAAAUCGAAUGACAACGCCACUGAUCUAUACAACUUAAUUUUCUCAUUCACGGACAAGAAAAGGAAGACUAUUCUCAAGAUAAAAUAGAAUAACUCCAAUAGAUGGCGAUAUCAACUUAUAUCUCUUGUUUUUUUUUGCAAAAUUCGAAGGAAAUCGUUAGGUUGGCCUAAAGGUUUUUCUUUGCGUGGUCUAUCUAAAAACAUUGUCCUUGGACAAUUUUCUUUAUGAAAAUUGAAAGCAUGAGGGGGAGUUUGUACUUUUAAAUUAUGUAAAUCUUUUAAACAAAAGAAGACAAUUGAGAAAAAGAGUUUUCUUUAACGAUUGUAAUUUAUUUCGCAUUAGAGCUUAAUUCAUGAUUUUUAAAGUCUAAAAUGCCCUAUUGAUA